AUUCUGGUUUUGUGUGAGUUUUAAAGUGAAUAUAAAGUUGAAGAGCUUGUGUUUGACCUUCAUUUGGGCACAAAGCCAUAGAACUGAGUGGAGACACAGAGAGCUGCUUCAAGCUGUGACUGAUGUGCUCUCAGUGUUACUGUCUAUAAAGUUCUGUAAUUCAAAUCCAGCCUUUAUGACGUGAACAUGAUUCUAGAUGUUGAGUUUCUUCUCUUAGUGGCCGGGGGUUGAAGGACACAUGAACUUUUACAAGCUUGUAUUGAUUCACUUUAAUGUAGUUGAUUGGUUUGAGUGUAGAUCAGGAAAUGCUCAAGUUGCAAAAAUACUUUGUUAUAAACGUUUGUUUAUGGCUCUGCAGGUUUAUUGGUGGAUUUACAAAUGACAUAAAACAAUAUUACAUUAAAGGGAACUUUAUUAUUCUUGUACAAUAGCACAACUCCUGCAUACUUUGAGACAUCAAUUCUAUUAAUUUAAUUUCUACGUACUUAAUUCAAAUGGCUGCAACUGGCUGAAUAAUCGAGUGGUUGAUUGAAACUUGCAUCCAAACGACUUCAGGCCUCCUGAGGUCACAUGUCUCACUCCUACAGACACAGAGUUCAGUCCUUAGCACACUCUAUGGAAGUGAGUGACUGACAGCUGGAGAACUAAUGAUCAAUAUGUACUUACAAGACUGAAGAUGAGUGGUUAUGAGGAGGAAAAGGACAGAGCAGAGUCUCCAGGGUUCAGCUGUCUGUCUCUGAAGAGUGACUGGUCCAUGGAAGAACCUCCACACUUCAGUAAUGAACCUGGACCCUCACACACAAAAGGUCAGGACCACAGACUGAGAGCAGAGUCUCCAGGGUCCAGCUGUCUGUCUCUGAAGAGUGACUGGUCCAAGGAAGAACCUCCACACUUCAGUAAUGAACCUGGACCCUCACCCACAGAGGAGAGGAAGAGGAGUCAUGUUUCUGAGGAGGAGCAGUCGUCCUGCUGUGCUUCGUGUCAGGACGUCCUGAAGGAUCCAGUCUCCACCAGCUGUGGACACUGGUUCUGCAGACAGUGCAUCACCUCAUACUGGGACCAGUCUGGUUCUUCAGGAGACUCCUCCUGUCCCCAGUGUGGACAAAGAUCCACAACAGGAGCUGGAGCAGAUCGUGGUCUGCAGGAGGUUUCAGAUGAACAUAAGCUCAGUGUGAGGAGGAGAUGUGAACAUGUGACUGAAGGAAGUGAUGAAACAGGAAGUAGAACCCUCCUCAACAGGAUCUACACUGAGCUCUACAUCACAGAGGGACAGAGUGAAGAGGUUAAUACUCAACAUGAGGUGAGGCAGCUUGAGACGGCUUCCAAGAUGAAGAUCCUCCAGGACACUCCCAUCAAGGUCCACGACAUCUUUAAAGCCUCCACUGACCAGCAGAGCAGCAUCAGAGUCGUCCUGACCAACGGCGUCGCUGGCGUUGGAAAAACCUUCUCGGUGCAGAAGUUCACUCUGGACUGGGCAGAGGGUUUAGAGAACCAGGAUGUGGGUCUGCUGGCUGUGCUUUCGUUCAGGGAGCUGAACCUGGUGAAGGACCAGCAGCACAGUCUUCUCACGCUGCUCCAUGUUUUCCAUCCAGCGUUACAGAAGCUCACGGCAGAGACGCUCGCUGUCUGUAAACCUUUGUUCAUCUUUGACGGCCUGGAUGAAAGCAGACCUUCUCUGGACUUCAACCACAGGGAGCUUGUGUCUGAGGUCACACAGAGGUCAUCAGUCAACGUGCUGCUGACAAACCUCAUCCGGGGGAAUCUGCUUCCCUCGGCUCUCGUCUGGAUAACCUCCAGACCUGCAGCGGCCAAUCAGAUCCCUCCUGCAUGUGUUGACAGGGUCACAGAAGUACGAGGCUUCACUGAGGCCCAGAAGGAGGAGUACUUCAGGAGGAGAUUCAGUGAUGAGGAGCUGUGCAGCAGAAUCAUCUCACACAUCAAGACGUCCAGGAGCCUCCACAUCAUGUGUCAAAUCCCAGUCUUCUGCUGGAUCAGUGCUACAGUUCUGGAGCACAUGUUGACCACAGACCAGAGAGGAGAGCUGCCCAAGACCCUGACUGACCUGUACUCACACUUCCUGCUGGUUCAGACAAAGAGGAAGAACAACAAGUACGGUGAGGGACAUGAGACGACUCCACAGCAGCUGACGGAGGCUGACAGGGACGUUCUCCUGAAGCUGGGGAGGCUGGCACUUAAACAUCUGGAGGAAGGAAACAUCAUGUUCUACCAAGAAGACCUGGAGCAGUGUGGUCUUAAUGUCACAGAGGCCUCGGUGUACUCAGGAGUUUGUACUGAGAUCUUCAGAAGAGAGUGUGUGAUCUUCCAGAAAUCAGUCUACUGCUUUGUUCAUCUGAGCGUUCAGGAGUUCCUGGCUGCAGUCUACAUGUUCCACUGUUACACCGAGAGGAACACAGAAGAACUCAAGAACUUCUUGGGAAUGCGUAAGAAAACAGACAUUACCUUCUCCCUGGAUGACCUCCUGAAGAGAACCAUGAAGAAAUCCCUCACCAGUACAAAUGGUCAUCUGGACCUGUUUGUUCGCUUCCUUCACGGCCUCAGUCUGGAGUCCAACCAGAGAGUCUUAGGAGGCCUGCUGGGUCAGACAGGGAUCAAUCCAGAGAUCAUCCAGAGAGUCAUCAACAACCUGAAGGAGAUGAAGAGUGAUAACAUUUCUCCUGACAGAAGCAUCAACAUCUUCCACUGUCUGACUGAGAUGAACGACCACUCAGUUCAUCAGCAGGUGAAACAGUUCCUGACGUCAGAGAACAGAUCAGAGGAGAAACUCUCUGGGAUCCACUGCUCAGCUCUGGCCUACAUGCUGCAGAUGUCAGAGGAGGUUCUGGAUGAGUUGGACCUGGACAAGUUCAACACAUCAUACCAGGGUCGACGGAGACUGAUCCCAGCUGUGAGGAACUGCAGGAAGGCUGAACUCGAUGGUUGUGGACUCUCAGAGACUCACUGUGAAGUCGUGGCCUCAGCUCUGAAGUCAAACCCCUCACAUCUGAGAGAACUGGAUCUGAGUGACAACAACCUGCAGGAUUCAGGAGUGAAGCUGCUGUGUUCUGGACUGGAGAGUCCAGACUGUCGACUGGAGACUCUGAGGUUAAAUAACUGCAGUCUGUCAGAGAUCAGCUGUUCUUCUCUGGCUUCAGCUCUGAGGUCAAACCCCUCUCAUCUGAGAAAAUUGAAUCUGAGUAACAACUGGCUGCAGGACUCAGGAGUGAAGGAGCUGUGUGGUUUUCUACAGAGUCCAACCUGUCGACUGGAGACUCUGAGGUUGAGGAACUGCAGACUGUCAGAGAUCAGCUGUUCUUCUCUGGCUUCAGCUCUGAGGUCAAACCCCUCUCAUCUGAGAAAACUGGAUCUGAGUCACAACGACCUGCAGGACUCAGGAGUGAAGGAGCUGUGUGGUUUUCUACAGAGUCCAACCUGUCGACUGGAGACUCUGAGGUUGUGGAGCUGCAGUCUGUCAGAGAUCAGCUGUUCUUCUCUGGCUUCAGCUCUGAGGUCAAACCCCUCUCAUCUGAGAGAACUGGAUCUGAGGAACAACAAGCUGCAGGAUUCAGGAGUGAAGCUGCUGUGUUCUGGACUGGAGAGUCCAAACUGUCGACUGGAGACUCUGAGGUUGAAGGACUGCAGUCUGUCAGAGAUCAGCUGUUCUUCUCUGGCUUCAGCUCUGAGGUCAAACCCCUCUCAUCUGAGAGAACUGGAUCUGAGUAACAACAACCUGCAGGACUCAGGAGUGAAGGAGCUUCUUGAUCUACAGCAGAGUCCAACCUGUCGACUGGAGACUCUGAGGUGGGAGGGGAGGUCUGAGUUGUGGUGAGAGUGAAGAGGACAGUGUGAAGAGGACAGUGUGUGUGGACGGAGGCUGAGCUGUGUCCUGAGGAUCCAGAGGCUGAAGCAGCAGCAGCUUGUGUGUAGUCUCCAAUCUACACAACCCCUAAUCUGCAUGUGUUUGUGAGAUGAAGCCGGAGCACCUGGAGAAAACACGGGGAGAACAUGCAGACUCCACACAGGAAGACCCCAUCUGAACCGGAUUCAAACCAGCAACCUUCCUGCCCCGAUUGUGUUUAUUCACAUGAAGAAUGGGUUUAUUGAAAUGACACAACACAAGCAGAAUAUAUAAACCCUCUAUAAAGAGCCACAUACAGUGUGUUUAAGUUUGUCUUUAUUAUUGUCCACCUUUGUCCCUCAGUAUGUCUCCAUGUGUGUAGAACCACAUUCUGUGUAGAUGUUUGUUUAUGAUCUUAAAGUUCCUGGAUUCACGUCACAAAUUGAUUUAGUUCAACACAAAGUUCAACACAUUGAAAUCACUUUGAGUUUAAAAUCAGAGUUUUGUCUUUGACACAAAAGAUCAAAACUCUGGACUUAAAAAUGGGACGUUUUCAUUUCUGCAUCAGGUGCAGAGCGGUGGUGGCUUUUCUACUUUUGACCCACAGGUGGCGCUGCAGUAUAACAGCAGCACAUCCCAGUCAAAGCCUUUAUAUUCAGUCUAUGAGUCAAACACAUGGAUCAUUUCCUCUGUGACAAACCAGAUGUAACGAGAAGAAAAACAUCUCAGAGAGAAAAGUUCUGUUUCUACUUGUCUCUGCUUUAAUGCUCAAUAAACAUCCUUCCACCGA